AUGGAAGAUAUACACUCUACUGGCUUUAAUGUUUUCCGCAUUGGUGGCCUCCCGCAUUGGUGGCCUCCCGCAUUGGUGGCCUCCCGCAUUGGUGGCCUCCCGCAUUGGUGGCCUCCCGCAUUGGUGGCCUCCCGCAUUGGUGGCCUCCCGCAUUGGUGGCCUCCCGCAUUGGUGGCCUCCCGCAUUGGUGGCCUCCCGCAUUGGUGGCCUCCCGCAUUGGUGGCCUCCCGAAAUUUAGCCUGGCAGUUCGUAUUUUACAAGUCGAACCUGCUGAAGCAUACAAAAAGCUUGUUAUGA